AUGGAUCCUCUCAGCAUCACUAGCGCCUCAGUCGCGCUGGCCGCCGCUGUCUACAAAUGCGCGAUUGAAGUAAAACGUAUGGUUGGCACGAUCGCCGACGCGGCCGACUCGCUCUCAGAUCUAGCCGAAGAGACUCAAUUAAUUCAAGGAGCUCUCCAGGGCGUUGAGGACGCUUUGCGGGACAAUAAUGAUGUAAUCUCGCGAUACAAGGUCGAAGAGGUUUUCUCCAUUGCAAUCAAGGGCUGCCGCGCGACGUUGGUGUGCAUCAAACAGGAGUUUGAGCUGCUUUUUAAUCGAUGUGACUGGAAAUCUCGAUUCUUGUUUCUGUGGAAGGAGGAUGACAUGAAAAGGCUGCUUGGACGACUUGAUCGCAAACGAGAAAGCAUCCUGCUGUUGCUUCAGCUUCUGAGCCUCUCAGUAAGAGAAGUUGAGGCGUUGGUUGCCAAGAAACAAAGUGUUUUAACGGUUACGAAAGAGGACAUAACGGCUCUCAUACCGACCUACUGGACUUGCCGUGGUACAAUCCUUGAAUCCCUUGAUGAGGAAACGGUUGACAGCAUCUAUGGGGACUGGGAGAAUCGGGAGAGCAAGCUGAGUACAACUGAGUUUGACUUUGACUAUGAACUCAUCAACACACGGGCCUAUCGUCGAGCCCUUGCUCAAGCACAAGCCAAACGAUGUCGAGAGCUGCCGCCUUGGAAAGAGUCUAACAUCCCUGCCAAGAGAUCCAAGGGAGGGACUAUAGUUGAGGAUCUACUUGACUUGAGUUCUGAGCCGAGUCAGCAAACUGCCUCCAUACCGCCACACGUUCCCUUCUACACGGACCUGGCAGGUCUGCAGUUCAUGUCGAUGGGCGCGGACGAAGGGGUAGCUAGCGUUGGAAGCCUUGGCUUUUGCAAAACUGCCGUACCGACAAAUUUGCUAGGGAUGAAAGAAGGUUUGAGGGAAUCCAACUUGCCACCUGAGUCGAGAGAUAAGAGCUCACAAAACCGGGCGCUUAGAAUUCGGCAAUGGUCCCAAACUAAGACCCAAGUUCUGUCUGCUGAAAUAAGCUCUCAACCACAGGUCUCAACUGCAAAUAACACAUCUGAUGCAGUGACGGGAGUAAAACGAGAUAAAUCUGGACAAAGAGAGGCACUGGCCAGUCAAUUGGCAUCCGCCAAGUGUUUCAACAGUAGCAGCUUGUCUGCUGCACCCCCAAUGUUGCAUGACAUACCUGCUGACAGCACUUUAGUAACUACCGACACGCCCAUAAGGAAGGCUUUUAAGUCACAGGCUGAAUUAAUGGUGGAAUACUUCGAAGGUAUAAAAGGCGGCCAGGUUCCCACCGUUCGUGUACGCCUAAAGCCUAGCAAGAGGAACGCAGUGGACACCAUGGAUCAUACUGAAGUUACAAAGGCAAGUCGCAUUGAUCGAGCUUCUGGCAUAGUUUCGGAUGAGCCACUCGACAACCGCCCUAUGGGUAGUUCUCAAGCUCCAAGCAUCGGAGAUUCCAGUCUCCCAAAAAGCAUGGCUAACCUUGAAGUUAAGCACGGUUAUGGACGACGACGGGCAAGUCCACGGGGUUUCGCCGAGAUCUCGGAUGAGAUACGGAAAGCCCGCGUGACAACAAAAGUAAGAGCAAAGAAUGCAAACGAUUCAAAGUACCGAUCUUAUGAAUCAGGAUAUAUACCCGAGUACGACACAAGGCCUCGGAGACCAAACAUUACCAGGCGGUCGCGCCCGAAAGUCAAACAAAGCGAGCGCAGCAAAAGCACCGAUUUCACCGAAGACAAUUUAGGGACACCGCCGAAUACAAAAAACCCAGGGCUUCUCAAAACUGUCGAAGAUGCCAUCCGAAGAUUGAAUCUAGCUGAACUCAAUGCAAAACGUGAGACAGCUCAAUGA